GACUAGAGGCCUCCCACCAUGGAUUCCAGGAAUUGAUUCAGUAUUUCAAAAAGAGGCCUUACUCAUAUCGAAUGCCGUAGUAAUUUAAUUUUCUCUUGUCUGUGGGAUGGAAUUGGCGUAUGUGGAGAAGGAAGUACUGUAUUUGUUGUAUUAGCUGUCUACUUGUGUUUCCUUUUGAGUACUAUAAACAUAACCACAUAAAUGCUAUAUAUUAGAGAGCAAAAAAACUGAAUGUUUUUUAUAAUAUAAAACUAGUUGAUUUAACAUGAAAUAAUAACUGGUAAAAAGAUGUAACUGGGCUGUUGCAAUUUGGACUACAAAGAGGUCCUUUAAGGGUUGUCGUAGCACACGCGACAAUAGGGCAACCAAUGCAAUCCCUGAAUAAAAUGUCAUAUUUCUUCAAACGAAAUGAAAUUAAACGUUCCCUAAAAUAAAGGGGGCAUCCAUUGACAGAGUCCACUCGAUCUAUAUUACUUCGUUCCAGGCCAGAAUUGUCAAAUACAACAACAUUGAGCGCAGGACGCUGUCAGGCAUCAGUAGGGCCGUAUUCCCGCUUGCUUUUCCGCCACAGUUCAAACUGGCAGUUGUGCUGGUUAUGGGUGCUUCUCAUCCACCGGCUGUCACACAAAUUGGAUUAUGUUACAGACGACACAAUGUUUACAAGUAUCGAGUAUUGCUCAAACACAAGUGUAACGUUCCUGAUAGUACCCUAUCACUAACGUAGCUAGCUAUUUUUUGCUUGAAAACCAGCUCGAGCUCAUCAACUGUUACUGUGAUGUCUCUGCCUCCAGAGAAAGCUUCCGAACUGAAGCAAAUCAUUCGCAACCAUCUGCUCAAGAUGGACAUCCACGGGAGGAUCCGAGAGGUGCUGGCCGAGACUGUGAGGGAUGUGCAAGGCCCGGCACAUCGACCGCUGUCUGAGACGGAUUUCCUACACGCUCUGCAGCGCAGGGGCAUCAUAGAGGACGUGAUGAAGGACCUGCACUUUACCCAGGAAGACACAACAGAUGCUGAAACAGGGUCCCCUCCAAAGCCUGCUACUCACUUUGUUGACAAGAAUAUUACUCCGCUCAAAAAAACCAAUAUUGACCCUUCCAGGCGGCACUUGUACGUCCAAGUGCUUGGCGGUAAGGCCUUUUUGGAGCACCUCCAGGAGCCAGAGCCUUUACCCGGUCAGGUGUGCUCUACGUUGACGCUCUACCUGCACUUCCGCAACCAGAGGUUCCGCUCGAAGCCGGUGCCCUGCGCCUGCGAACCUGACCUGAAGGAGGGUUUCCUCCUAGAGAUCCGCAGAGACGGCACAGGUGAGGGCAGUAAAAUGGUGGACGCCACCACCAUGCUGUCUCUGUGUGACCCGGUUCACUUGGUGCUGAUCAGGACGGACACCUCCGGUGAGACGGAGCUGGUCUCGUCCUACUUCCUGGACUGGAGGGCGGUCCUCGGCUCGCCCAGCGGGAAGACCUGCUUUGCCAUGGAGCUGAUGGGAGUUGGAAGUGAAUGCAAAGUCCCGGCUGGUGUUCUGACCGUCAGUCUGGAGCUCUACCCUCCUCUCACAGAGACUCUGAGCGCUGCCGUCAUCAGCACACAGCAAUCACUGGAGAGGCAGAGGACGGCAGAGAAGGAGAGGCUCUUCUUGGUUUAUGCCAAACAGUGGUGGAGGGAGUUCCUUGAGAUACGUCCAUCAAACCAAUCCAAAAUGGUCAAGAUCUUUGCCCAGGACGAGAACGGCGCCAACCGGCCGACGUGUUCUUACGUGCGUGUUCUGCGGGCGGGCCGUCUGCUGGAGAGCCCCCGACAGGCGGCCCGCUUUGUCAGCCUGCUGGCCCACGAGAAGGCCCCAAUGGUGGGAGGAGGAGGAGGAGGCAAGCAGGAGCAGUGGUGCUCAUUAAUGGCUUUCCUGUGUAGAGGGAAGGGGGACUGCGAGGACCACGCCGCCCUGCUGUGCAGCCUCCUGCUGGGCUUUGGCCUGGAUGCGUACGUGUGCGUAGGCACCAAAGCCAAGGCAACGCCCCACACCUGGGUCCUGACCCGCGGCACUGAUGGGAGCAUCACCUUCUGGGAGAGUCUGACGGCACACAGAUACCUGCACCGGGCCAUAGACCCGGAUGCCCCGCCCCUGGCCCCCCAGCCCAAACCCUCCUCCCCCUACCGCACUGUGGGCUGCGUCUUCAACCACCAGACCUUCCUGGCCAACUGCCAGCCCUCCGACGCUGUGGAGAUUUGCGUCUUUGACUUCCAGAAUCAGUCUCGGUGGAAGGCGAUGAGCGAAGAGGCUCUGAAGUCCGUUUGCGCCCCGGGCUCCACCGCCUCUCUGCCCCCUCUGCCUCCACUCUGUGCCCCAUCUCUGGAUCCGGCUGCUGCCAGCAACCAGCUGGAGCUGGAGAUGCGCUUCCUGGUUUCCGAGCACAGGAAGGACCUGGAAGUGGCGACCGUGUGGGACGACCACCUGUCCUACCUGCUGUCCUCGGCGCUGUCGGCCUACGAGCUGGAGCGCUGCACCGGCGUCUCGUGCGGCAACGAGGAGUUCCAGGACGCGGUGAGGAGGGCGGUGCCGGACGGGCACACCUUCAAAGGCUUCCCCAUCCACUUCUUGCACCGCAAUGCUCGCAGAGCCUUUGCCACCUGCCUCAGGUCUGUGUUCUGUGAGGAGAUAGUGUGUUGCCGUGGCGACCAUGUGAGGCUCGCGGUCCGCGUCCGUGUGUUUGCCUACCCGGAGAACGCAUGUGCAGUGUGGCUCAUGUUUGCAUGUAAAUACCGCUGUGUACUCUGACCAUCGCACAGACGGUCCCCAAAAAGUACCAGACAGAAGGGAAACCACAGGCCUGGUGCUAGUCCAUCAGAGGACCUGGUGCUAGUCUAUCAGAGGACCUGGUGCUAGUCUAUCAGAGGACCUGGUGCUAGUCUAUCAGAGGACCUGGUGCUAGUCUAACAGAGGACCUGGUGCUAGUCCAUCAGAGGACCUGGUGCUAGUCCAUCAGAGGACCUGGUGCUAGUCCAUCAGAGGACCUGGACCCACGAUGAGACUGAAAUGAAAUGAACUCGUACUCAGACAGACGUUUGUCUCUGCUGUGAUCCUCAGGCCUUUAUAGACUUGUACAGACGUUUACACGUAACUGUAUUUAGAUAUCUAUUUUUGUAAAUAAAUGGAACUUUUUAUUUAAUAUCUCACUGUGUGCUUUUUAGAGCUUAUUGAAGUCAUUCUCUGUCCUUUCAACCCUCACUUUGGAUAAAGAAACGCCUAAACAAAGAAAAUGGAAAAAACAUAAGAAAGAGCAACUGAGAAGGAUCCUACGGACAACACAUGUCAUGUGUACCGAAUAACCAACGUAAUAAAAUAGAAAUAGAGAAUCCAGUUGACAAAAAUGAUACAUAGAAUGGGAACAAUUGUUGGAUUGGAUUGUUUUGACCUGGUUGAAGUGGCCGUAAUAUAAAAGGAGAUGGACUAUGAGAACAUUUAACAGCACACAAAGUAAAAACAUACAUACAUCAAAUUAAAAGAAUGCAGAAGACCUGCUCUGUAUCCAACACAAAGUUUGUUGCUUUUCAAGACAUCAAACCUUUGACUUCUCAAUAGCUUCUAAUUAAAGAACACACACAGCUAUAAUGAGUUGCCCGCAUUCUGAGGAUUACUCAUGUAAAAUACAGCAAGCUGCAAUAAUGCUGUAAUGGUGGAAAUGAUAUAACAUUAAAGCACGAUUAACACUCCACACAACAUUUUAACAGUAAUCAAAAGGAAAGAAAUUGCAUUUAUUUUAUUUUUCUCUCUUUCGGCGACCAUGUUUAAAAUGCAUGGCAGUGGUGGUGAAGUAAUUAGCAAUUAUGCUGCAAUGCUGCUCAUUGCCAGGCUAAUAUUAACGUCAUUCUCUGCACAGGUUGACAUCACUCCAUUAUAUCUAUCUUUACAUAGCAACAAGUUGUCUGCUGCUGUAUUGAUGCUCUGAGCGUUAAACACAGCUCUGAAUAUUGUAGAUUGCAGGUAAGAAUUUAGAAAUGUUCUUUGCAUAAAAGAGUGAAAACUGAGCCAAAGCCAUUGAGGGAUCCUCUGUGGUAUAUCCGUGUCUUGUAAUACAUGAACUCGGCACAAGAUGGUGUGUUAAGACAGACGUUGGCUCGGCGGAUGCAGCUGCGGCCUUCUGUUGCAUCCUAAGCUGCUGGAUGCAAACACAGUGGACCUGUGAGCCGGCAGAGCGUCUUCAGACAGGUUAACAUGACACGUGGUCACUUCACGGGUCCACUCCAGCACUCACUGCCUGGUGGAGAUCAAAUCAAUAGAGAUGCAGAACCCCCCUCCCCCCACUGCAGGGAGAACUGACAGAUUUAAAUUGAUUUUUAUUUUACGUUUGAAGAUAUGUUUGGCUUUUCACAAGCCACAGUAAAGCCAUCGUUCUGGCUGGAGAGCCACUGAAACCCCACAGGCCGGCGUCGAUGCCUAAUUCAAGGCCGACUGUGAAAUUGCAGAGAGGGCGAAGUGACAGCAGCCUGGUUCAGUGAGUUAUUGUGCAGAGAGGGGAAGUCAACUCGGAAAGUUGUGCCCUGAUUGAAGUGCUCUAUUAAUUGACAUGCAGAGGCGAGUUUUGUUUCUAUGGAGUGUGCUUUGUUUUUUGUUUUUUUCAAACGCUCUGUGCUGUUUGGAGGUUCUGGGGGAAUCGUUGACACAUCAACCCCAAACUUUUUGACAAGAAGCCUGUGAGGAUGGCCAAUUAAUUCCUUUUUUUUUCCUUCUUUUUCCGGGAGCUAAUUUGCAAUUCUGCAUUUGCCCCAGAGUUGUUGAACAUGAAGAUCAGGAGGGAGGCUGAAAGAGCGAAAUGGAGAGCUAAUGAAUAAUUCCUCCCUUUUUCUUUUACUGAAUGUCACUCACACACACACACGCACACUUCCGUUUCACUCAUUACUGUAAUACACAGGAAGAGCGUGCAGCAGAGGAAGUGUUUGAUGCUGGGAACUCAGGUAUGUGUUCAGCCCAUAUUAAACAGCAGCACUCAGGUGUAAUUGACUAAUAGGUCCUGUGGGAUGUAUGGAACCGGAAGAGAGGAGAGAGGGGAUGCUGGGUUUCUAUAGUGUAACAAAACCAUCACUCACACCUCGCAUCUCAACACCGCUGCUGAUAACGCAGUGUUUGCAUUCAGGCACAAACAUUGUUUUUCAAGCGCUGGUCAGUUUAGAGGUUUGGGGCUGUUGAGCUUCUAUAACAUGCCUUCUUUCAGAUAGUGGAAAUAACACAUCCACAAUACACAUUUAGUUGUUUAUUUUACUACGUUGUCUAUUUGCGUCUGUAGAUUUCUCCUAAAUUCACCAAACGUUACCAUUAGAUAAUGCCUCAUUUUCAUUUCUGAUAUCUCAAUUUUGUACCCUACUCACCUGUUACGUCAUAUUCAUAUCUUUAAAUGCCAUCUUCUCUAAAUGAGUUUUUUCUCAGACUCUGAUGCAGCAAUCUCCACUUCAGUAGCUCUUACAUGCACCAAACUUUACACUUUCAUUCCUCUCUAUAGUCUGAAGGUUUGUACUGAGGGGUUUGUUCAUAUAUCAUUCACAGCCUGAUUUAUGCUACAUUUAUUACUAAAAACAUGGUGGGAAUAGAUUGUUUUUGAUGUCUGUUGACAGCACUUUCUGAUUUAUGGAAUGAUACAAAGAGAUAUCCAACAUUUCCUCUGUAAAAUCCUUUGACUCUAAUAUGAUAACAAAAUAAAACAUACAUUUGGGCUUUACAGAUUAUAUUUAGUAGAUCAUGCCCUACAUUAUUUAAGUGUAACAUUUCAGAAAACUUGUCAUUCAAAAAACAUUUGUCUUGAUGUAAGUAAUCAACUGGGGAAGUUUCAUGGUGAUAUCUAUUAGUUAAAAUAUUUACCCUAUUCACCUGUAGUGUAUCCUAUUCAAUAUUUCUGUAUAAACUGUUGGUGUGUGUGUGUGUGUGUUACAGUCACACGUAGAAGAGGAAAGACAACGUAUUGAAUGAAUGAAUUAUCAGCUUCACAGUGUAAACGCCUGUGUUUUGGGAGUUAGUGAUGAAGUGGAUGUAGACAGAAUGGAAAUUCUGAUUCCGAUUCCGUUUUAAUUAUCGUGGGCACACGUUGGUUUUCACACAUACUGUAUAACCGUCUUCCUAUUCUGAGGUGGCAUCAGCUGCUAAUGAGUGUUUUCCAUCUGCAGACAAACCCCCUUGCAGCUCACAAGUAUUGCCAAUAACUGCAACAUCAGUCUCUAUUGAUGGUGUUGAUUGGGACAAAUAUAUAUCGCAGCUCGCAGCCAACUUUGGCGUAUUACUGUGCCGUGUUUGUUUUAUUAUGCCUUGUGGUCAAAGACGGAAUUUCAUUGAGAAAUAAUUUCUGUUUUUACUAAAUAUGUGUGUGGAGAGUAAGUACCAUUUUAGUUUAUUGAGGUCCCAAAAUUCCUUGAGGAUGCUGGUUUGGUUUCUGUUUUUACAACAAUUAAUUAAAAAAAGCAACCUUUUGAAAAUCAAA